AUGGCAGCUAAAGGACUAGUUUGUGGUGGUGUGAGACGGCGUAUUGGGAAAGGGACUAGUACUUUGAUCUGGGAACACCCGUGGCUCCAGGAUGAGCUAGAUCCUAUGAUCCAUAUAGAGAUGCCCCCACAGAUGGCAGGAGCUAAAGUGGUUGGACUAAUAGACCCAGAUACGGGGACUUGGGAUCACCAUAUACUGACAGAUAUUUUCCAACCAGAUGAUGUGCCUAGGAUUCUGAGGAUACCAGUCUCCCCAGAUUAUGAUUAUAUGUGGUAUUGGUAUGGGGACCCAAAGGGUUGUUAUUCUGUUAAGGAUGGCUACAGGCGCAUUGUUGGGAAUUAUACAAUUACUAAUGAUGGAGCUUUUGAUAAAUGGCUCACCCUAUGGAAACUAAAAAUCCCCCCAAAAUGGAAGACUUUUCUGUGGAGAGCUAUAAGUAAUAUUCUACUCACCAUUGAUAACUUUCUUAUAAAGAGGGUAGAUGUUGAUCCAAGUUGUGCCAUGUGUGGAGUAAUGCAAGAGGACAUUAUGCACUCAUUAGUAUUGUGUGGUUAUGCUAGUUCUAUAUGGACACAAUCCAACCAUCCACUCCCCAAUAUUGUGACAAAUGUUUUCCAUGAGUGGUUUAGUGCAAUCUUGAAUGUUCUAGACACUAAUGGAAUUGUGUAUGCAGCUGCGAUUUUAUAUCAUAUCUGGAGAGCACGGAAUGGAGCGGUAUGGGAUGCCUACCUACUUCUACCCAGGAAGGUGGUCACCGCGGCAACCGCCACCAUGCAUGCAUGGCAGCGUGUACACGGUACGGUGACCGACCGGGACGCUGCCGGCAGCUCUGCCACAGCAGAACAGCCCCCUACUCCACUGCCGGUUCCCGCUGUUACGGCCAGUGUGCUGGCUGCCAUUAUCCAACCACGAAGAUGUUUUGUCGAUGCCAGGUACUACCACGACGGGAACUCUGCUGUGAUGGGUGUUGUAUUGUUAGAUGCCGAUGGAAGAUAUGUUACGGCAUACAGUGCCCUGUUACCAAAUUGUUUCUCCCCACUCAUGACCGAGGCGUUUGCGUGCAAAGAGGCCUUAUCGUGGCUCCGGGGACGCGGCGAACAGGAUGUCCAAAUUUACACAGAUUGCCCGACGUUAUAG